AUGCGCAUGGGUUGCCCGGCGAAGUGCGCAAAGGCGCAUCUUGUGGCAUUCAACUUCUUUUUCUGGUCUCCAGAGCCAUGGUUGAAUCCAAAACCCAGAAGUUUGGUGAGGUGUCAGUCAAAGAAGGCACAGGACAAUGAUGGGUCACGCUAUCAGACAGGUUGCUAUGAGAAGAUCCUUGCAUGGUUUGAGAGGGACACAAUGAUUCUCAUAGCCAUUGCAGUUGGAGUUGGUGGAAUGGAGAAAUUGAUUUUCAUGGGGGGUUAUGUUUCCCCAGUGGGUAACACCAAAAAUCCAGUCCCUGGGUGCCCUAAUCCGCCGGCGGAUAAUCCCAUAGGUCGCGUUUACUCUUGUAUGUAUGGGAGUGUGUAUCUCGAUUUUUAUCCCAAUGACAAAUGCGCCGGCGCCGUCGAUGGUGUUGGGCGGCGGGCGCAGGAGAGGCGACGUUUGAUGCUGAGAUCAGCAGGGUGUUUGUCUGGCCCAACCCUGGGGCGCCUUUUCGUACGACGGACGUUUGACUUCCCGUCGGAGUACCACGUUCAGUACUGGGAAAUUUCGAGGCAGUGUAAGAAGGGAAUGCCUCUGGAUUCGUUCAAGGUCGCGGUCGCGGCGGCGCUCCCGGCAUGGUUAGGCGUCCCGGGGGUGUUGAUGGUUGCGUACUUGACCGUAAUGCUCGUCCUCGUUUCGCAUGGGCGCCGCGGCGGCGGCGGCGAUGGACGACGGCGACGGAAAGGGAAAGAGGGAAGAGCGUCAGCCGGGAGGGAGGAGGGGAGUCGAACUUUGGAGGGAGGGAGUGGGAGGAAAGGGCGAGGACAGGGAAGCGGCGUGGCGGGAAUGGACUUGACAUUGCCUAGGCGGGGAUUUAGUGUCCCGCUGUGGAACCUGUCCGGUCAACGGGGUCGCGACCUCGGAAAGCCCGUGGCCUAG